AUGCUGAGCGGAGCCUCGAUUGUCACACGCCAGAUAGUGCGGAACCUCCGAUCCGCCACUCAACAGCAACAGCCAUGCGGCGUCGACCUCACCUUCCUCAGGGCCUACCGGUGGACCUCGCCGGGCACUGUCGACUUCAACAACACGCGACGCCGAGCCGCAAACACCGAUGAAGUGCGCUUUAAGUACGAUUCAGUCAAGCUGAAACCGGGUGCCUAUCUCAUCGACUUCAACGAAACGGUUCACAUGCCGCGAGAUUGCAUGGGGAGUAUUUUUGGCAGGUCGACGCUCUGGCGGUCUGGUGUGACAAUUCAGGCUGGGGUGGUGGACGCGGGAUAUGAAGGUGCGCUGGGGGCCUUGAUGGAAGUCAAGAAUACUGCUGGGCUUCAUCUCGUUAGAGGAGCCAGACUGGCGCAGAUGGUCGUCUAUCCGAUGCAGGAGGCGGUCGAGGGGUACAAUGGUAUUUAUCAGUUGUCGGGAAAUACCACUGGCCUUGACGGAACGGGGGUUAACGGCAAGAGGAGAUGA